GAACUGGCUCGGCUCUCUUAUUCCGGAAGCGGGGAGAGCCGCGAUCGGAGCAGUGGCCGGGUUCGCCCGUCCGGCCGUCCGUCUCCGUCAUGUCCACGAUGGUUUUCGGGGCGAAAAGCUUCAAGCCGAGGCCGCCGGAUAAAGGCGCCUUCCCUUUGGAUCAUUUCGGUGAAUGUACGGCUUUCAAAGAAAAAUUCAUGAAAUGUCUGCAGGCAAAUCACUAUGAGAAUGGAUUGUGCAGGCAGGAGUCGAAGGAAUAUUUAGAAUGCCGAAUGGAGAGGCAACUGAUGGCCAAAGAGCCACUGGAAAAACUGGGAUAUAAAGACCUAAAGGAAGAGAAAGCUGAAGACCACGCUGAGACAGUGCAACAAAAUCUCUCCUGACCCGCAUCUUUACCCCAGAAUCUGCAGUCAUAUAUAUUGUACAUUGUCAAUUUUGCCUUUCAUUUUAAGAGAAAGUUAUUCUUGAAAAAUGUCACAGAAAUUUAUCAGAUAACAGAUUUGUAUGCAUUCACUCAGAAUGAUGGUGGGUUUGUUUUCCAUAAGCUUUUGGGUGGCUUUUCCCUUAAAGAAAAGAAGAUUGUAAUGCUUUUGGGUAGAACAGCGUUUCUCAACCUUGGCAACUUUAAGAUGUGUGGACUUCAACUCCCAGAAUUCCCCAGCCAGCCAUGUUGACGUUGAAUUGAAGUCCACACAUCUUAAAGUUGCCAAGGUUGAGAAACACUGGGGUAGAAAGUUUGAACUUGUGUUGAAACUGGUAUUACAGUAUUUAAAACUUAAGCCAUAAUCCAAA